AUGCAGCGGCUUUUCAAGACCAACAAGUCGCAGGCCUCCAUAGAAGACCCCCAGACACACCGAGAACACCCUGAUCCACAUCCCCAUCAGCAGCAACAGCACCAACAGCAACCGCCCCAGCCUCAGCAUCAGGGACGUCAACAACCUUACCUCGACCCCAAGCAGCAGCACCAACUCUAUCCUCAACAGCCCUCACAACAGCAUCCGUUGACCGAUCUUCAUUAUCAGGGGCAAGCCUCAGAUUCUCUGUCACAACCUCAGCCUCCCGUUGCCCCUCCCCACCUGGCACGCACCCAAAGUGGUCGCACUUCAUCCAUCCCGGACGUGUAUGGAAAUCAAAGGCCGCAAGUGACCGUUGUGCCUCCGCUGUCCCAGCAGAACGCCUUCAUUCCUGAAGGCCCUGCUCCCAUUCCGGGACAGACAACAUUUGGUCAAUCGAGGCAGGUUCGUACCAUUGAGGAUAAAGAGCACAAACGAUCAAAGCGCAGUUUCAUCUCAAGCCUGAUCAAGGACAAGAGCAAGGACGAAGACAAACAGAGAGAAAAGGAAAAGGAAAACGGCCCGCCUGAGCGCAAACCUCUGGGACGAUCAAGCUCGGUGCAUCUCUUGAGGAAGUCGCAUCCUCCUGAACACUCAUCCCGCGAUUCGUAUUCAACCCAGACUUCACCACAGUCUCAGCAUCCUUCGAGACAUUCGACAUACUACCCUCCCCAACCGCCGGCAGACGCUUCCACCGCACCCCCGGAUCAGACAGCGGAUCAAGCCCAGUACGAGCAAUACCAGAGAGCUCCAGGCCAAUUUGACUCUCCACAGAGCCAAUUAACCCAUCACUCCGUCGACUACGCCGAAGACGCUCCACACUUCGGUCCGCAACACGACCAAUACCACGCAUAUCACCAAUCCGAGUCUGCUAGCACCUCGGAACACUACCUGCCUUAUCAACCCCAGCAACCUCGACCCAACAACGUAGAUUCUGACCCGUAUCAUCACCUUAGACCACCGUCACAAGCAUCUCUGGGCCCUCCUUCUCCCAUCACCACCCCAGCCCAUCCCCAAAUUGCUCCAGACUCUCGUCCCUCCACAGCGGCGACCAAUCGUUAUUCCUCACAGUCGGCCUCUCAAGGCCAACAGCCACUCCAGACGGCCAUGGCAAGAGGCGAUCCACCGAACGGAAGCAUUCGCCAGCAAUUAUCCCAGCGGGAAGCUCGGUCUGAAGAUCAGAAUCAGUAUCAAAACCAAAGCCAAGCCGAUCCAAGGGUGAGAAUGUCUCAACAAGCGGCCUCAGACCAAGGCCGAAGCACGCCUCCUCCGAGAAGCCGGGAGGACAUUAGCCAAUUAGAUUACAACCAACUUCUCCAACGUCACGAGGAGUUGCAGGCGAAAUAUUCCAAGGUCAAGCGAUACUAUUUCGAGCGGGAAGCUCAAGUAACGCAAUUGCAGAAUACCGUGGCAAACCAGCGUCUUUCCAUGUCCAAAACAUCGCUUGAUGACGCCCAAUAUACGGCGCGAUUUGAACGUUUGAGCCAAGCAAUCAACAACCUUUCCUUCAAUAUUCGCAAGAAUUGGCGGGCCAUUCCACCAUGGCUGCGACAUGUAUGCAACCAGGAUGCUCACACUGUCGGCACGAAAGAAAUGACCGCCAUAGGACGAGCUUGCAUCACCCGAUGGCUAUACGAGAGUAUCUUCCAGCACACGUUUCACCCCAGCAUUGAGCCAUCGUUGUCUGCGCAGCUGAAGCACAUCGAACAUAACUUGCGUCGUGGAGGGCACGCUGGCACUCUUCUGACCGAUGAGCAGCGGGACGAUCUCACGACCAAAAUCACAACUUGGCGACUCACUACCAUUGAAGGUUUACAGGAUGUUCUCAAUUCGCAACAAGCGGAACAUUACGCAGAGACCAUGAACAAGCAUUAUACUCAUCAGCUCACCGAAUCGUUGAAAGCAAACCUGACAGAUCCUCCGCCCCCAGGACUGGUCGAGGGAGUUGGCAUGAUUGUUGGGCAAGCCAUCGGCAUUGCGUCCAAUAUCCCGCUGGAGUCGCGUGAGAUCUGUAUCGAGUAUUUCAUGCCGGGCACUCCUGUGAAUGAGACGUACAUGAAAAUCGAACCACAGAUUGUCGCCUUAACCAAUCCUGGCUCAGAUGAACGCAUGCUCCAACAACAGGCAGCUCAAGCUAAGGCGCAAGAGCAGGCUCGAGCACAGGAAGAAGGCGAUGAGAUGAGCACAGCCAGCACAGAUGAUGCACCACGAGACCGUGAUGUAGAGGCCGAAAUUCGUGAAGCUGCCGGCAAAGCUGCAUCGCAAGCCGCCCAACCUCCCGGCGCAGGCGGCCAGCAGGGACGAAACGAAAGCGGGCCAGGCAUCAGCAGCCAGGCAUCUGUCAAGGGUUCUGGCGAAAAGCACUCCAAGAAGUCCAGUUUCCUGGGUGGUUUCGUCAACAAAAAGCCAUCCAUCUCGGCGCGGGGUGAGAGCCGUCCCGAAGUUGCUCCUUCCACUGGAAACGAAGGCGAGGAUUCACGUGGACAUGUCAGGAACAGUAUGGCAGUUGAUCCGACACAACUGGCUCCCCAACCUGGCGCGAACGAGGGCCGGAUCAGGUUUGCGGCUUUCGUGGCAGUCGAGGUCAGAGGGAAGGGACCGACAUCUAAUCCGUCGGCAGGUGGUGCGAAUAGUGGCAAAGAGCCUGGAUCUGCUGCUACAGGAGCAGUCUCGCAGCCUGCAGUCAACGUCCUAUUCAAGGCACCAGUCUAUGAGUUCUAG